CCCUUCCGUCAUUCAUUCACGAUCUGUAUCAUUCUCGCCAUCUCACAACUUUCCGACAUUAACUCGACAAAUACAUACGCUGUUGCUAAAGAACACUUGUCUCAUCGACUUUAUACACCUCACAAACAACCAUCAUGUCCAAGUCUCGUCUUCCCCUCAUUCUCGGUGGUGGUGCCGCCGCAGGUGUCGGCUACUACCUCUACAGCGCUGGCGGAAGCCCCAGGGUUGCUAAGGAGGAGGCAAAGAGCGACGCCCACCGUGCCGCUGCCGAGGUCAAGAGCCACAUCCCCGGUCGUUCUCCCGUCGAUGCUGAGAACGACCUCAAGGGCUACGGCAAACAAGCUGGCGCCCAAGUUGACAAGGCUCUCGCCGAGGCCGAUCGCCAGGCAUCAGUAGCCAAGAGCAACAUUGAAUCAUACGCCAAAGGCACCAAGGCAGAGGCCCUCAAGGCCGUCGACAAGUUCGACAACAAGGUCGAGGAGGAAGCCUCCAAGGCCAAGAGCGGCAUCUCGGGCUGGUUCGGCGGCGGCAGCAAAUAAACGAGCCCUGCCAACAUCGGGAAGCAAGUGUACUAUUUUCAUCAACAUCGGAUCUCGUAAUACGGCAUGGGUUGAGCGGAUGGCAUAGUCUGACCCAGGGCAAGAGACUGACCAUGUGUCUUUUGUAAUAAUCAGUUAAACAAUGAAUGAUGAUCAAACAUCAGAUCAACCUCUCGUUCAGUACACUCUGCAGGGAAGAAUAUUAUCCGUGCUUGCAUCA